GCAUUGACAGAGCGUCAUCGUACGUAAUGGAGUCGAUGUUCACUUUGACCAAGUUAUGAUCAUGAAAAUUGAAGUUUUUUCAAUGAAAUAUUACGUAAAAGUGUUGUGCUAUUAAGUAUUUCGUUGCAAGAAGUUAUUGAAAGUAACUUAUGGAUCUUAUAAUUGGAAAAAAGUGUAUAUACAACCUCAUUUUAUGUACAAUGAAUGAGAACUACGAUUACGCUGCCAAGGCACAAAUUAAAGCACGCUGAUUGUGCGCUGGGAUACAUUUGGAAGUGUAGUUGCGACGCAUUUUCAUGGUUUUACGAGGGCACGUCGUUGCAAAGACUGAUGCAGGAAUGGCUUCGGAUCAGCCAGUGAAGAAGAAACAGAGGAUAGAUGGUCCUGAUAUAGAUGAAGGAAGUGAUAAAUCGGGAGAGGAUAUUCUCACGGAUAUAUACGAUUCUGAAACGCCAGCUGAACAUUCAGGCGAUUUCAUUACGAGAAAUGGAGAAUCGCCUGAUAGUGGUACAGUGAGCGAAGAUGCGGUCGACUGUUCGUCAAUCUUACGGCUUCCAAGUGACACUAAUGUGGAAAUAAUACCCUCGUCCAGCAAUACACCUCACUGGACUGUUGCUGAUGAUAAACUACUUACUGAACUACGGACUCUUCAAAACUCUUUAGUUGGCCAGUGCUUGUGUGGUUUAGACGAAAAUGUUAUCCUUCAACUAUUUGAUAGACGAUUGCAUAUUGCAACCUGGCCGUUGACAUGCUCUCUCACGUACCUAUCAACUAUGCAAUUGUUAUUUGACAUUUAUUUGAAACAAAACAAUUCUGGCACAAUAUGUUCACGGCUGAUGCACGCUUGCGAUAUAUUCGUUAGAAACAGGCAUGACUGGAUUACAGAAGUGGUUGAAUUGUCAGAACACAAAAGCAAAUUCAUUACAUUUGUAGCGAGUAGAGUCUUAGCAAGCUUUCUGAUAGUAUCAAAGGAUACAGUGGACGAGAAUUGGCUACAACAGAUUGCAGAAAAUAUUUAUUUAUUUGAUAGAAUAAACAGGAUCACAGUACAAAAGAUUAACUUCAGUUUAGAUAUAAUUAAGAGGAUAGUUGAAUGGAAGGAUGUAGUACAGCAUCCAUUGGAGGACAGUAAUUACAUAAAUACAGCAGCAAAUGUUCAAGUACAGGAAGACAAUCCCUUCCGGAGUAGUUCCAGCUAUGGAAGCAUGCCUUCAAACUCAAGAAAUGAUAACUUACAUAGUGCCUUUUCUAAUUUACAAACCCAUAGUUCACCUUCGACAUCAAGUAGAGAUAGCUCCACUGAAAACAAGCCAGUGACGUUUAAACUUCACGAGCCAGUGUUAAAAUUACCUUCUGAACAGCCUAUGGGCAGGAUAGAGAGAAGCGAGUCCCCUGAACCUCAGCCUUCAAGAAUAGAGAGGGUCAAUGAACAUGGUUGUGUUACUGUUAUCUUAACCGAUUCAGAAUCAUUUGAUACAUCUCAUAUUAAAUGCUUAACAAUAAAAACUCUGGAGCACCACUGGCCAGUGCUUGUUAAGAAUAUGAAACUACUGCUACUUAGGUACCUGAAUUUAAGUAAUGCUGAAAAUUGCGUGCUUACUUUUUUCUCCCUGUGGGAGAACAUUAUAAGUGUUAAGGCUAAUCUCUCAGUGAUAGAUACGAAGCCAUUCUAUGCAGACUUACAGAGCUUCAUUGAUUUACUAAGAAAUACACUACUACCACCCUUAAUAUAUAGUCAUCUGUUAAGUUUAUUCAAUGAGGUUUUAUGCUAUGGCUCCACAUUAGCCUUACAGGAUAUCUUGCCAGAAGAAAUAUGUACGUUAGCACACUCUAUUGUAAGGUAUGUUAAAGAUUUUCGCCUACUGAGUGAUGUAAGAGUACAAAGCAGUAGGAGUGGAUUUGGCUUUUUAGGACAUGAAUGUACAGUAUUGAGAGAUUACUCGUUAGGCACUGAGGUAGCUCCCAUAUCAACAUCAAUACAGUUAGUUGAUCAGAGCUAUGGAGAUGAUGAGAAUGAUGACAACAAUCAAUUGCAUGAAGUUGACAAGACUAUGUUACAGCGAAUGUCAUUAUUAGUACUGAAAUCAGUUGCUGUAACAGUGAAAGAAAUGCGAUGUGACUCAUCCGAUAGCUCUAUAGAUUCGUCUGACUAUAAUGCUAUACAAGACAUGCAGAUAGUCGAAAGGUCGAUACGAGAUGUGUUAAAAAAGCUGGACUCGUUCAUACGUAAUCGACUAGAAUUCCACCCAGAAACACCAUUCACGAAAAUGUUGAUACACUUAUUCAGUGAGCAAGACGAUUACUUGAUUGAAUCUAUGGUUUGCACGUUGGAUAUAACGGUUGGUAUAGUUUACAGGAAUUCAGUGUACCCUGAUUUAAUACCGAUGUUAAAUCCUAUAAUGUCAUUUAUGGAAUUCCUCAAAGUCGUGUCGCACGACAGCGAUGUACUCCUAGAUUACUUGGUGAGUAACGAAACAUGCUUUCUAUUGUAUUUGUUGAGAUUUUUAAAAUAUGUACGGAGGAAUUGGCCGAAAUUUCUCGAGACGUGUCAGCAAAUGGAUGAUACUCGAGGCUUGGACGAAACAAUGAGGGUUCUUAUUAGGUUACGUUUACAGAUCAGUAGGCUUGUCUCAAAGUCCCUGUUCCCUUACAAUAUAAGCCCUGUUUUGAGGUUGUUGGAGGUCUGCGAAAGCCUGUAUGAAGGCAAUGAAUUCAGUUAAAUGUGUCUUAACGGUUUUAGGAAUUUUAACGGAGCAAUCUCUCAUACAGACUUUAAUGCUGGACAUUUUAAAAAUGACGAGUGGAAAUUUUCUAAAUUUUCUAUCUGUUCUCAUUUCAAGUACAUAGUUGACUUACGAAAUAUUAUAUUUCGUGAUUUUAUUUUCUAAAUGGUCAAAAUUCAUCAUAUAAUUUGCUCUAAUUAAAAUUCCUGAAACUUAAUUUCUAUAAACAAUCCCACAAAGACUGCAAAUUAUAUUAACAUUCCAAAUUUUUAAUUGGCAUAAUUUAGUUAAUUAGUAAUUAGAUUAAUUAAUUUAUACUUACUAUAGAUGUAUAUGUGUAACAAUUAUUGUUGUAUAAUGUCUUCCAAAUACAGAUGGUAAUAAUACAUGGUAUAUUAUAAAAACUUCUUCUAAAAACUGUGUAAUUCAUGCCUUAACCCAUUGAGCCCCAAGCGGUUGAUCCCAGAGUCUGUGGUUCCGGGGCCUGAGUUAAUACAUUUUAACUUAACACACAAAAUAAAAGCUAAAACUUCGUUAACUUUAAAAUGAUAAUAAUCAUCAACAAAAAUCCAACUGGAAAUCUCUGGAAAUAUUGAUUCCAGAGAAAAAAAUAUCAGCUAUGUAUUUAAUUUUAUUUAUGUACCAUGUAAUUAUUACCAACGAAAAGUGCCUUAUCAAUAAAAACAAAGGUGCUCAAUAAUAACUAGCAUUUCCCACACAAAAGUAAUGCUUCCUUUAAGAAGCCUAGUUUUAAUUUAUUUUAAAUGUGUAUAUUGUUUAGUUGUAAUGCAUAUAAAUGCGGGUUUUUUUAUCUAAAUUAUAUUCUAAUGCCACUUUGUAAAUAUGCCAUCAAUUACCAUAAGUAAAUGUAAUCAGUAUUAAAACAAUUUUAACUUAUGAACAUACCUUUGUAUUAAUAAUAAUGGAAUGCCACAAGGGAUUUUAUUGCAAAUGUUUUUGUUAUGUUUAUAAAUUAUUUAUUAUUACGAAGAUAAAAUUUCCGCAAAAGAAAAUUUCUCUUUGUGGGAUGAUAGGUUUCUUUUAAACAAAUAAGGAAUCAUUUUAGAAUUUUUAUAAAGAAAUAAUUUGUAUUUUUAGUUUCGUCAAAAAUGUCAUUUAUUAUCUAUGGAAUAUUCUAAUUGCAUGCGUAUUUCAGUGCAUGUACCUAUUAAGUUUUUAUGUUAUGAAAUAUAAAAACUUACUAUUGUGUUAAUAAAUUAACAUACAGAAAGUUUAAAAAUUGUUAUCUUUAAGUUAAAUAUUACAAGAAAAUUUGCAUUAUCUUCCUUUGUGGUAUGAAUGAACUCAUAAAAUGUUUAUGAAAUAAAUUUUGUAUAAUUAUGUACCACAAAAUAAAAGUAACACAGACCCAUUGAGGUAUUAUUACUACGUAUAGAGAGGACACCACGAACAAAAUUUGUGCAACAAGCGCGGCGGCCGGCGCGUGGCGUGAGUCAUAAACUUUGUAGAUAUUCUGCCUCUUAUUACUUAUAAAUUAAAAACAAUCAAUGUAACAAAUAAAUAUUGUUUAUCUUAUUAAAAAAAUAUGAAUAAACUUAUCAAUUAAAACCAAUCAAUGUAACAAAAAAAAAAAUUGGGUUGAGACGAUUGACUCUAACUCGUGUUACAAAUAUUGUAGUAGCGAUGUCCUCUCCAGUACGUAGUACAUAGUAACUCAAUGCACAGACCGAGCAUUUCUUGAGUUCUCUGUAUCAUAAUAUAUUUUUGUUAAUUUAAAUUUAAGUCUUUAGGUAACCUCAAUACUAGCGAACUAUUUAUGUUUAAAAUAAAAAUAAUGAAGUGAAAACAAUGCAAUCCGUAAAGGUAAACAAUUUAUUUGAAUCUCAGCCAUUUAUUGUUAUAAAUUGUACUUUUAUCAAGCAAAAUAUGCUAAAUAUUCUGAAUUGUUGAAAUUAGAUGCUUAAUUAUUGAAAAUAUCCAUAAUAUUAUCUAAUAGUCACUAAAAAAAGUUUCUUUCAUAUCAGACUAAAUUUAAUAGUGGCCAAUCAUUUACUCAAUUAAAAAAUAAUAAACAUCCACCAUCAUAGAAACAUUUAUAAUUACAUAAUUCUUUAAACUCUUCAACAAUUCAGAUACUAAUUAUUAUUAAAAAUAUUAAACCAUGUGUAAUUAUUAUUUGUUUAUUAUCUAAAAUCCUACAAAAUGUACUGGCUUUGUAAUUCCAGCUUCAAUUUAAAAUUGUAUUUGAAAAUUCGGAUCAUUUAAAAUUAUAUUUCGAAGGCACAUUUACUGUUUUUGUAAGCCUAAACAUUUAUGUAUUUAGGAUAAUUCUAAGUAUAUACUUGUUAUUCGUAGAUAAUAAUUUAACAGCAAUAAAAGAAAUAUUUUUGUACAUGAUUAAA